CACUGGAUAAUGAGGACGCGGCCCCUUUAAGAACCUCCAUGGAUUCUCUUCCCGGAAGGUCUUCAAUAGUCGCUUUUUCCGGAGCUUCGUUCUCUUCGCGUCCGCAGAUUGCUGACAUCACGGCGCAUGCGCGGCCCGGGAAGUUCUUUCUGGGUCUGGGCUAUUUGCUGCACGCGGGACUUUGGCUGCUGCUGCUGCAAAUGCUCUUCUACUCCUUCUUCAAGUCCCUGGUAGGGAAGGACGUCGUGGUCGAGUUGAAGAAUGACUUGAGUAUAUGUGGGACACUGCACUCCGUGGAUCAGUACCUGAAUAUCAAACUCACAGAUAUCAGCGUGACAGAUCCAGAGAAAUACCCUCAUAUGCUGUCUGUCAAGAACUGCUUCAUUCGUGGCUCUGUCGUCCGCUAUGUUCAGCUUCCAGCUGAUGAAGUUGACACCCAACUACUGCAAGAUGCUGCACGCAAAGAAGCCCUGCAGCAGAAGCAGUGAUACCUUCCUCUUUUUUCCCUUUCCGCCCUGACCCUUCCUCAAAAGUGCUGGAGGAUGUGGGAAAGUUAUACCAGUUUCCUUUUGGGAGGGAACCAACUGUGUGUGUCUGUGUGUGAGUGAGUGAGUGUACAUCCAUCCAAGUGUACUGUUGGGUGAGAAAAUGGGUGUGAAUAUUGAUUUCUAUUUCUGUGUCCCUCUUAGAAGCAACCAUCUUGCCCCUUUGAUAUUUUAAGGAGGCCAAAUAUUGUGUUCUAUUUCCACUAGGCAGAUGAACCCAUUACUGGGAUAAAAGCAGUUAUUUUUGUUUUCUAAAUUCUUAGAGCCAGUAACUUGUUUUUGGUUUUCCUAUCAAGUUCUCCCUCUGUUCCAUUCAGCAUUUCAUCUCUGUAGCACUGUUUACUGCUGAGAAAGGUUUGUUGUUCUUGUUGUUUGUGUUCCCAUUUAACCCAUACACACGCUUUCCCAUAGUAUUGCCUCCCAUAACCAGGAGCCUCCAGAUAAUGUUGAAAUACAAUCCCAUCACUCCUGUAUGCAAGUUAGGGAAUGGUCUGGGUUGUAGCCUAACACACCUGGAAGGCCCUUAGUUGGUGGAGAGUGCCAUAGCUUUCUUGUUCUAUACAGCGGUUACAAAGGAUGGCCCAAAGCUAUGCUGUCCUUUAGCUAUGAGCACUUUCCAGAUUCCCACUGCUUAGAGCAACAGAGGUAAUGCUGGCAAGCGUCUGAGAUCAUUAAAGAUUGUGUCAGUGGCAGUCACACUUUUUGGGGAUAUUCCUAAAUGUGCAGCAAGGCACUUUGGUGCCAAUGUCAUUUCUGUCCUACAGUAUAUACUAUUCCAUCCAGUGUCCAUCUGGACUCUCUUAAUAACAAUUAUAUAUAUAUUCAAGUACUCUAAUGUGGUUUUUGUGGCCACUAGAGGGUACUAGAAGCUUAGGCCCACUUCCUUUAAAAGCAAAAGAGGGUUGCUUCAUCACUGGUUUUGUUCCUGUAAAGAGCAAAAGAAACCCCCUUUGUGUUUCUGAUAUUUUGUUAUCUGAGGACUUCUACUAGGCAAAUGUGUCUGAGUUUUUUGUUUUCCAACAGGGCUUUUUUUGAGAGACAAAUAUGUAAAAUUUAAACUGUGGAGGAAUAAAAUGUUGAAUUUCAA